AGAUUUUCUUGUGAAAAUUAAAAGCAGAUCAGAGAAACACCAACAAACCUCUCUCUCUCUCUCUCUCUCUCUCUCUCUCGGUUACUUGGCAAAGCAAAGGGGAUUCCUCAAGUGUCUCUCACAUCAUCACCAAACGCCAUUUCUUCCGCUUAAAGACUCUUAUCCAGUGUUAUUAACACCCAUGUCCCAGUAGUACUCAAUUACCACAAAGAAAGAUAGCGGACAGAGAGUACCUAGAUUAAAAAGGAUACAAUGGAUGUCAGCAGGAGAAGAGCUGGGGUUAAAACUAGUGUGGUUGCAGGCUCUGUCUGGGAGAGUAGAAUGAAGCUUGAUGAAGUCAAAGGUGGUAUCAAGGUUUUCAAUGGAGAUGGAAACCAUGAUGAGACUGCUGAUACUUCAAGGAAAUUUCUUAAGAGAGGCCAAUCUGGUACUUCAGUGGCUGCCACUGCCAAGAGAAAGACUUGGAAGUCUGAGAGUUUUGAUGGCCCAAUUCAGAUAGCUAAAGGGAAAACUGAGCCUCUACCAAUCAAGAAUUGUGAGGAACAGUGUAGAGAGUUGAUUGUUUCUGCUGAUGGAAUCAAGAAAAGCUCAAUUCCAGCAAGAAGAGGAAGGUCUGAAGGAAUCAAAGAGCUUAGUGUUUCUGUGGAUGGAAUUGAUAAAAGCCCAAUUCAGGGCAAGAAAGGAAGAUCCGAGGAGAUCGGUGUUUCUGCUGAUGGAAAUGCGGAAAGCCCAGUUCAGAUAAGAAAGCCAAGAUCUGAUAUAAAAGAACUUGUUGAAUCUGGUGCCCAAUUGAGGAAAUCGAAGUCAGAUUCAGUGAAUGCUGCAAAUCAGUCUGGUAAAGAUAUUGCAGUUGAUGGUGGGAUUGAAAGGGACUCAAUUCAGUUAAUGAAAGCAAAAUCAGAGCCUGAGAAAACUUCGGAUGAAUCAGAGAUUAAAGGUAGUGAAGAUUCUGUUAGUAGAAUUGAGAAGAGUCCACCUGAAAUUGUGGAAACUGGAUCUGAGGAAUCUUGCAAAGAGUUUGGUGUGUGCAGAGAAAAGGUCAUUCCUAGCAAUGAAGCCAAUGGGGCACUAAUCAAAUCACCUCCUCAACUCUUGGCGGAUAAUCAAGAUGAUCAUGAUGAUAUGGUUAUUGAUGGGGAUGAAAAAUUAGAUGGAGAUGAGGAAGAGGAAGGAAUAGAUGAGGAGGUGGAGAUUGAGAUUGAGAAGAAGAGCCUUGAAGUUAAGGAGAUUCAAAUACCAGAAGAGAAGACUAAGAAAGUGGAAACAAAAGCAUCAUCACCAGAACAUAAACCCAAGAAAGUAGUGAAUGAAGAACAGAAAACCAAGAAAACAGUGAAUGAAGAUAAAAGGGUUUAUCAAUUUAGGAAUAGAACAACACCCGUUUCUUCAACGGUGAAUAAACAGCCUCCUCCUGUAUUAAGGAGAGCAACAAUUUACCAAAAUCUUUCAAAACCCACUGCAGCUCCAGUUAGUAAUGAAAACCAUCAGAGUUUCCCAGAAACUCAUAGCAAGCUGCAAAAUCUAGUGAAUUUAGUGAUGUGGAGAGACAUGUCGAGAUCUGCAUUUGUCUUUGGAAUUGGCACAUUCACCAUAAUCUCUUCCUCCUAUACCAAAGAUCUCAAUGUCAGCUUUAUUUCUGUGAUUUCCUAUCUGGGUCUUGUUUAUCUUGCAGCCAUUUUCUUGUAUAGAUCACUUAUUUGCAGGGGAGUUAUAUAUAUAGAAGAUUCAAGUCAUGUGGUGGGUGAAGAAGAGGCAAUUUGGUUACUAAAAUUGGUUCUACCAUACUUGAAUGAGUGCUUGUUGAAAAUUAAAGCCCUUUUUUCUGGGGAUCCUGCUACUACAAUGAAGAUGGCAGUGCUGCUGUUUGUUUUUGCCAGGUGUGGCAGCUCCAUAACCAUCUGGAAUAUGGCCAAAUUGGGUUUUUUUGGGGUUUUUACAGUGCCAAAGGUCUGCUCUUCCUACUCUACACAGUUAACCGCUUACGCUAAAUUUUGGAUCCGACGGUUUCGAGAUGCGUGGGACUCAUGCUCGCACAAGAAAGCCGUUGCUUUGGCCAUUUUUACCCUCGUUUGGAACCUCUCUUCCAUGGUUGCUCGAGUUUGGGCAGUAUUUAUGAUGUUUGUAGCCGUUCGAUAUUAUCAGCAGUCUAUGGAAGCAUAUGAUUGGGUGGAAGACGAUGCGGUAGCGGGGGGUGAUGAAAGUAUUGGUGGAGAAGAAAGUCAAAGAAAUGGGUCCAUUUCAGUGGACGUAAAUAAAAUGAAAAAAGUGUCAUAAAAAGUAUGCAUAUGAUUUAUAGGAAAUAAUGAAAAAGGUUAUCUCAUUUUAAUUAUUUUUAUUUUUAUUUUUUAGUAUUUAUUUCUGUGAAUAUGUUGUUUGGGACAAUACUAACAAAGCUCUACAGAGCAGCUUAUGAUUUUUGAAAAAUAAUUAAUUUCUUCAUUUCUAUUACGCA